UCAUUUGACAGAUAAAAUUCGUUUAAGCUUAUAUAGAGCAUAUACAGAAGAGACUGGACUCAAUCCCUGGAUAAAGUCUGAAACUCCCGAAUUCCCACAAAUCGAAAAGACUGAUAAUCACCUUUCACAGGACUGCAUUAUCAAAAUUUUCAAGUUUCCAGAAGAAAAAGAAGCUAAAUGUCCAAUAUGCGAUGAAGUAUACACACGUUUAGGUAUGUGGGGUGACUGGAGCUGUCUAGGUACAAAUGAUCACUAUUUUCUUAAUUGCCCUUUUCGUAUCGAUCAGAAGAAAGUUAUAAUCGCUAUACAGAGCUUACCGGAAAUGUCAAACAAAACUCAAUCACCAAUUCCUAGAACUAAUCCUAAUAAGAUUUAUCACCCAGAGGCCAGCUUACGCCAAUAUGCCAUCGAACAUGGAAUGGAUCUCGAGAAAUUUUCAGUUAUUACAGAGGCUGAGAAAAAAAGAUGGGCUAUGGAGAAGACUUGGAAAGAGAUAUGCGCGCUUCUACCGCUGGUUGGUGAAGAGUUAUUACGUCGCGGUAUACUAAAGAGUGGUUUAAGUACUACAUGGCUUGAUGAUCUCAUGGAAGAGUGGGAAAGAAUCCGUACUCAAUUCACACAAAUUUUUAGCCAGACCUUCGAUCCUAAUGAGAAAGACUUGCAGAUAAGCGCGAUAAAAAUUUCUCAUGAGAUAUACUUCACAAGACGUCUAACAUCUCCCGAAAGGCAUCCCGCAUCUCAUAAACCUGCUGAUGAGCUGAAGCACGAAGCCAGGCGACCGACUGAACGUAGGGAAAUGCUGUCCUUGGAAGCAAAAAAAAAACCGACUCAUGGCUCUUUUGUACGAGAUCUGAUGAUAAUAGCAAACCAUAAAGAUGUUUCUUCUUCUCUGCAAAAAAAGGUGAAAGCUAUAGCUGACAAUAUAAAAAAUGAUAAAAGUGAAAGAGAACGUUUUCUGGAUUUACUGAAUACCUACAAAUAUUAUAAGGAACGAAAGCGACUUCAGAUUGAUAGUUCAAUAAAUUUGGAGCGUGCUGUUAAUAACAUGAUGGAGAAAUCAGUCACCGAAACGGUUUUGAUUCACACAAAAAAUCAUGGUUAUGAACAACCAGGAGAUGAAUCUGAAAUAGAAGAUAACGAAGGUGAUGACGAUAAUGACGGAGGUGAAGAUCUCGAAUAUGAAGAUGCUGACAUAUCAACACCUAAUAAUGAUACAACUGAUGAUGUUAAAGAUUUGGAUUAUGUAACUGAGUCAAUUAGUAGCGCAAGUGGUUCAAAAAAGCGUAGAAAAUCAUCUGAUGAAUCAGAAGAGUCCGACAUAUCAAACAAUGUUGAAUAUCAGGAUGAGCUGGUUGCAAAAAAAAAUAGGGAAACUAAACGUGCCAAACCUACAUACGUUUUAGAAUGGAAUUUAUAUGAGGAUUUAAAACCAAUAGUUGUGGAGUGGACCAUUGAUAAUACGAACAUAAGCGAUGCUUUUUUCCGUUUCAAGGGUUUUGCUGAAUCCAAAGCGAAGAAGCAUGAAUUGAAAUUCUCAAAUCAUCCUGAGGAAAUUCUGUUAGUUGACGUGUUAUCUUCUUUUUUAUACAAUGAAAAUUCCAACCGUGUACAAUUGGACAUUUCAUCAGCUAUUCGCACAAAAAUUUUUGAUCUAAUGAAGGCAACGUAUCCAGAAUAUAGUUUGCCAAAAGUGGUUAAAGAAAUGUGUCAUCGAUGUGCUCAAGUUGCCCGAAAACAAACCAAAGAAGAUUUAGAAGAAGCAAUUGACAAUUCUUAUAGUGAUUUAAAAACAAACUUAAAAGAUACUCAUGUACAUCAUUCAAUACAUCUCUUUUUACGUCCAUUUUUCCCCGAUGGACAAGAUAGGACAAUUGAUUGGGCAAACAAGAUGUCGUUCGUAAGCGCAUCUAGGAAAGCAAAUGAUAAUUAUGAAGGUAAAGGACAUAAACCCGACUUCAUAAUCACAGUCAAUAAAAGAAAUGGCAAAUUUGAACUUGUGUUUGGCCUAUUCAAGUCGCCUUACAAAAGUAGCUCUCACUAUGCAAAUGUUGAUCUAGUGGAUUUAGGAGUGUUAAUGAAAGACUCACUAGAUAACAUGUAUAAAGAGAAAUGUAUUGAAUUAGAUAUGGCUGUAUUUGGAAUUCAUGCAUUUGGUUUUAAUGUUCGUAUAUAUGCUAUGGAUCUUCUAUAUGAUGCCGUAUAUAGAAUGUAUUUGAUAGGAGAAUUUGAAUUGCCAAAAAGUAAUAUUAGCCUGUGUUUAGUUGAAAAUGCGUUACAUGAAGUAGGAAGUUUGAAGAAUUUCGUAGAAGAAUAUAUUGAGAGGAUUCCACCCUACAUUACUAAUAAUGAGUAUGCUAAAACUUCAACUGAAAAGAUGAGAAUGACCAGGAGAACGGUAGCAACUCCUCGCAAG